GAAAUUUCCUUCAAAUCCUUUGCAGACAAGCCAAGCAAAUCGAACUUUCUCUGUGCCUCUAGUUCUACCAUUUAUUUCUUUUAUUAUCUUCUGUAUCUCUGAAAAAAAACUAAACCCUAAUUUUCUCUUCUAAUUAAUUUCCACAUUCGCGAUCUCUCUAUCCAUGGCUUCUGGAUCGUCGGGCCGGGCCAAUUCAGGCUCCAAGGGCUUCGAUUUUGCCUCCGAUGACAUUCUCUGCUCCUAUGAAGACUACGCCAACCAGGAUUCUUCUAAUGGAAACCAUUCUGAUCCUGUGAUUACCUCCAGUUCCAACAAGGAUUUCCAAAAGAGCAGAAGGUCAAGACCAUCAGUGUAUUCUGGUAAUGCCUAUAGCCAUCCAGAAGAUUCUCUCAACCAAGAUGUAACUUCUAUGGUUGAACUAACCAUGAAAAAACAUACUGAUAAUCUCAUGCGUUUUCUUGAGGGAAUCAGUUCACGUUUAUCGCAGUUGGAAUUGUAUUGUUAUAAUCUUGAUAAAUCAAUUGGUGAAAUGAGGUCUGAAUUAGUUCGCGACCAUUUAGAAGCAGAUACAAAGCUUAAAACACUUGAGAAACAUAUUCAGGAGGUCCACAGGUCUGUGCAGAUCCUAAGAGACAAGCAAGAACUUGUUGAGGCACAAAAAGAGUUAGCAAAGCUUCAACUUGUGCAGAAGGAGUCGUCCUCUUCAAGCCAUUCACAAUCCACUGAGGAGAGAGCAUCACCAGCUGCCUCUGAAACUAAAAAGAAUGAAAAUGUAUCUGAUAUGCACAAUCAGCAGUUAGCUCUGGCCCUUCCCCAUCAAGUAGCUCCACAGCAACACUCUCAGCCACCCCCCUCUCAGCCACCCCCACAGAAUUUAACACAUCAGCAAUCCUAUUAUAUGCCCACAAACCAAUUACCAAACCCCCAAGCUCCAGCCCUUGCACCCUCCCCCUCCCCCGCCCCUGCCCCCACCCCCACCCCCACCCCAGUCCCAAGUCAACAGCCUCAAGUUCAAUAUUUGCCUUCUGAUCCUCAAUACCGAACUUCCCAACUGCCAGACCCCUCUAGGUUGGCCCCACAGGUUACGCAAUCUCAGGUUAAUCCAGUGCCUCCUGGCCACCAAUUUCCCUCUCAGUAUCACCAGCAAUGGCCACAGCAGUUACCUCAGCAGGUACAACAAACGCAACAGCCCUCAAUGCAGCCCCAGAUGAGGCCCCCAUCAACACCAGUUUACCCAACAUACCCUCCCAGCCAACCAACAAACCCACCUCCGGAGAUGCUGCCAAAUAGUGGAUCUAUGCAGGUAUCAUAUUCAGGAGUUCCUCAGCCAGUAUCUAGCCGUGCUGAUGUGAUGUCUUAUGGAUAUGGAGCACCGGGUAGAACCGCUCCCCAGCAGGCACCACCACCUCAGCAAAUUAAGGGCGGUUAUGGGGCACAACCUGGUGACGGAUAUGCAGCUUCUGGGCCACUGCCAACUCUUCCUCCAGGGAGUGCAUAUAUGAUGUAUGAAGGUGAAGGGGGGAGAACACAUCAUCCAUCCCAACACUACCCACAGAGUGGAUAUCCUCCACCAAAUCUUCAACCUACUGGAGGUGCUAAUCUUAUGAGCCGGACUCCAAGCCAUUCACAAUUCAUUCGCAACCAUCCGUAUAAUGAGUUGAUUGAGAAAUUGGUGAGCAUGGGUUUUAGGGGUGAUGUUGUGGCCAACGUGAUUCAGAGAAUGGAAGAGAGUGGUCAGCCUGUGGAUUUUAAUGCUGUGCUUGACAGGUUGAAUUUGCAUUCUUCUGGGGGUACUCAGAGAGGAUGGUCAGGGUAAAGAAAAGUAUUGUCAUGCUAUAUUACAGUGACAAUUAAAUCUUUGCAUCGCAGUGAAUAAAGGUUUCUUAAUUUGUAUACGUGUGUAACCUUAUGUUUUUUUAUUUUACUUUGUAAUCUUUUUCUGUCUCUAUGCAUGGUCCAACUUUUAUCUGGCCCAAUUUCUCAACAUUUCAGUAAAUCAUUUGUUAGAAUAGACUGUGAUAUACGUGCUUGUCAAUUGCGUUAAAAAGCAGAAAGCUGAGAGAAAGCAGAGAUGCCUAGUUGUUGAAUA